AUGACGAUAACAUCAUUCAACUUGGUGGCCAAGGAUCCCAAAUGGGGCAUCCGGCACCUGCAAGUGCUGUUCCUCUUCCUCUGCUCCACUCUGACCGUGGCCCAGAGAUUCAACAUGAGCGUGGCGAUCGUGGCCUUGACCAAUGCCAAUAGCAGUAACCCAAAUUAUCCCGAGUAUCGGCUGACAGAGCAGCAAAAGUUCUACAUUAUCAGCAGUCCCUUCUGGGGCUCCUGCUGCACCCAGUUGAUGAGCGGCUAUCUGUCGAGUCGCUUUGGAGCCAAGAUGCUGCUGCUGGGCAUUAUGUUCUUCACCUCCAUAAUCAGCAUAGCCACACCCUUCGUCCUCGCCUGGGGCGGCUGGCAGCUGCUCUUCUGCGUGCGUCUCAUCCAGGGACUGGUAAUGGGCGGCAUGUGGCCCUGCCUGUAUACUCACCUGGCCAAGUGGUGUCCCAAGCGGGAGGCGAACCGAUUGGGCGGCGUGAUGACCACGGGCUUGGAUUUUGGAACAGUAAUGGGCUUUGCCUUGAGUGGCGUGCUCUCAGCCUCGUCGCUUGGCUGGCCAAGUGCCUUCUAUGUACCAGGCUACAUAGGCAUGGCCUGGUGCCUCCUAUGGCUGCGAUACGGAGCCAACUGCCCCUCGGAAUCCAGAUUUAUAAGCCUGGCAGAGCGCAAGUAUAUUGAGCUCGCCUUGGAGAAGAGCCAGGUUAAUCAUGGAGAGACCCCGCCAGUGCCUUGGCUGGAAAUCCUCACAUCUCGUCCCUUUAUUGUGCUGGCCUUGGUGAAGAUGAGCCAGGCCUGCAGUUUCUAUACUCUGAUGCAGCAGAUCCCUCGCUAUAUCCACGGCAUCUUCCGGUACAGCAUUGCCGUGAAUGCUUUGCUCUCAGCCCUGCCUUUUGUGAUCAUGCUGAUGUCCUCCUAUAGCUUUAUUUUCCUGGCUGAAUACUUGACACGACGCAAGGACAUAUCAUUAGCCAUACUGCGUAAAACCAUCAAUUCUUUUGCCACCUGGACCCCAGCUGUGGCCCUGGUGAUCCUGUCCUAUGUGGGCGAACGGAAUGUGGUGGGCAGUCUGUGUUGCAUGGUAGCAGCCACGGCUGCCAUCUCUGGACAGGCCAUUGGUAGUUCCCUCAACCAUGUGGAUCUGGCGCCAAAUUUCGCUGGGCUUCUCUUUGGGAUCAGCAACACUUUGAUGUCGGCGGCUGGGGUUAUAUCACCCAUAGUAAUAGGUCUAGCGGUCACCAAUGAGUCGGAUCGCACACAAUGGCGUGCGGUUUUUCUGGGCAUCUCUGUGAUCCUUUUCCUUGGCAACUUGAUGUAUGUAAUCUUUGGUGAAAUGACUGUCCAGCCUUGGAAUGAGCCCCAAACCAAGUCAACUACAACUGAAGUGGCACCCAAGACAGCAGAAACACCUGUGAAGGCAAUGGAGGAACCUGCACUUUACGUAGAAAGGUUUAACUAUUUUUAA